AUGAAGGCCGUUUUCAAAGUAACGACUGCUUUGCUGGCUUGCGUGUUUAUUGCAAGGUAUCUGGUCUGUCAGCAAAAUGGUCUGGGAAGCUUUGCCACAGAUUUACAGCCCAUUUGCCGGCAUACUGAAUUUUCAGUUGGCUCACUAUUCGAUUCUAAAUUGGUUGAAGGUUCAGCGGUUUCUGACUAUUUAGUUGGAAAGUACUCACAAUCGAUAAAACCACUGAUUGAAAGAUACCCCAACUCAUCCUUGAAGAGAAUUAUGGGAUAUUUUUACCGCUUUUGGUACAAUAUUUUCUCUUUUCUAAGGCUAAAUGAGCUCUGCUGUUCGCUACAUUCCAAGUUGGGACCUUUAUUAAAUCAUCUAAGGAUUGCCUGGUACUAUUUAAAGCCAUAUACAGACAAUGUGAAGAAUGUACUAGAGAAUCCAUUUAACUCCUCUACGGAUUGGAUGAAAUACGGCUCCUUUAGCGCUGAUGGCACGCUCACCAAACCCAUUUUUGAGACAGACUCGGAAACAGAGGAUUAUGAGGAUGAUGAGAAUGAAAAUGAGGAUGAGGAUGAAGAUGAGGAUGAGGAUGAUGUCGGAAUUGAGGAUGAAAAUAAAGAAUACGAGUUCGAUGGAGUACAGGAUGGCCACGGGAACUCACAACUCGUCACUGCUGCUAUUUUGCAGGAUUUGUCAAAGAUUAUCAUUGGUUCCAAUAGCCAUGCAGAAUUGGAAACUUACGAGGCAGAAUCAUUAAAAAUGGAAUAUGAAGCAUGGAUUAAGGCUAUAGAUUCGAAAAUACACAGUGCGAUGGCACUUUUGGAUUCAGAGAUACAGUCUGUGUUCGAGGCCGAGGUGCAAAAUAAAUCUAUAGAAAUCACUAGGAAUCUUGAUGACCUUAACACUACCGUUAAUGAGCAAUUAGUGUUUCUAGAUUCAAAAAUCAAAGAUAUUAAUUGUACCUCUAAAUUCGAUCCUGUGCAAAAUAAAAUAAAGUAUUUUGAUGAAUCGGGUCAAGUUGAACUGGAAGCUUACAUUACCAAAUCAUCUAUCACAUCGAUACUGAAGAAUUAUAAAAUACAUUUGUUAGACUUUGAAAAAUCACUGUUUCAUUCAUUAGAUUCUUUUCUUACCGAAAUGGCUAAACUGGCAGAAUCGAUUCGUCUUGAAAACGUCGAAGUGUACGAAGAGUGGGGCGAUGUAAUGAUAAGUCAAUGGUCGCAAAGAAUGGCAUAUAUGGACGUCAGAGGUCUCCAUUUGGAAGAUCAAUACGAUCCUGCCUAUAUAGAAGAGAAUCAUUCCAACUGGCUCCGUUUCAUGGAAUUGAAAAAGAAAGUUAUUUCUGAGAGGAACCGUCUGGUAAAACAUGAUCUGGAUAUGACUUUGAUACUGGAAUGGAUUACUAAACUAAAAGCUGAUUUCCAGAACACAAAAAAUAAUAUUCAAGAUACCUUUCUGCAACGAAUGAAUACUGCGGAUACUUUAUUCAAAAACCGUGAACUAAAGGAACAACUAGAGGAAGAAUUUGUACGGCAAGAACAUUGA